AUGCCAGCUAUGUCAUCUUCUUGUUACUCACUCGUCAACCAAAGUCGGCUUCGGUGUCAACCAAAGUCGGUUCCAAUCAACAUAAAAGAGAAUAACCGCAUCGAGCCCAACACACUCAUCUUUGAGGAUAUGAGAGGAAUGACUACACCAAAAAGAGAUAAUGGUAAGCAGGUUAUGGAGGUUGAGUCUGCUGCAAAUCCAGGUUCAGUUAAAAAAAGACAAUUGACAUUAAAAGUAUGGCAAGAUUUUGAAAAGUUCAUAGGACCAAAUAAAAAUGAUAUUGCUAAGUGUAAACAGUGUAAGAAAAAAAUUGUAGGCCGAAACACUAAAGAAACUAUUCAUUUGAGAAAUCAUUUAGGUAGAUGUGUGGUAAAGAAACGUAAAGCUAAAGGCCAGUAA